AUGCAGAACGCCAUUCGUGAGGCAGAGGAACGCAUAAUGACGGCGGUGGAGCCAUGUAUCACGAGGCAAAUUCGUGAAUUGGAGAACCGUUUCGAAACUCAAUUCACCAAUGUGCAAGAAACCAUGCGUGGAAUUGGAUUGCAAAUGGCGGAGUUAACGGCGGCGCGUCGCCAUGGUGGCAACGGUGACAGAGCAACUCGACCAGCAACGCGAUUAACGCGUCUGGAUUUCCCAAAAUUCACUCGCGACGAUGUCGAAUCUUGGAUUGCAAAAUGUGAACGUUUUUUUUUGUUGGAUGGAACGCAAGAAGGGGACAAGGUCUCGGUUGCGAGUAUCGCUCUUGAUGAUAACUCUUUUCGUUGGUUCUAA